AGAAUUCAAUCAGUCAGGUCAUAACCUCUUUUGAGGAAUGACUUACAGGGUAGGUGUUUUUGUAAAAGUUAUUAUAUUGAUCAAGAUUAGUGAAAUGCCAUUUAUGAUAUACAAUUACAUUAAUUUAGGCACGUGUGUCAGUUAUAUGUAUGUACAAGUGGUACAAAAUCAGUUUGUACGCCCAUUUUCAUUCUCAACAAUACUGAUUCCGUGACCCACACAUAGUUUCGUGACAGAUGUAGCCCACACAUGUGAAAAAAUGGGGAAGACUGUGGUUUACUGACAUGCAGACUAGAUCUGGUUUAAUGUUUUGACAUUUUAAGGACUUUAUGUGUGUGAAAGAGCAGCUUAAGCAUUAUGGGACUUUAUGUCAGAGGUAAUGGAGAAAAAAAGAGAAAACCAGUAUGGCGUGCACAUCUCAGGAUCUUUCCAACGAUUUUUUUUACUGUAAAUCUCAUUGUGAAUUACCACCAAUUUUACUCUCUGAAAAUGAUUCUGUAAAAUUAUCACAUAAGUUUCACUAUGAAUGACAGCUGCCAACUUGGCAGCGUGAACAACAUAACAAAAUAUCUGGAUUUGGCGAUUUACGUGCCCAUCUUUGUUUUCGGGUUGACACUGAACAUCUUAGCUUUGGUUGUGUUUUGUGUACUGCUCAGAAAAUGGACAGAGUCGUCUAUUUACAUGACCAACCUGGCUUUAAUGGAUCUUUUGUUGCUGCUGCCACUGCCCUUCAAAAUGCAUGCGGCGCAAAACGAAUGGGAGGCUGACAAAAGCACCUUCUGUUCCUUCUUGGAGAGCCUUUACUUUGUGGGCAUGUAUGGAAGCAUCUACACAAUUGCCUGCAUAGCCGCAGACCGAUACUUUGCCAUAAAACACCCGUUUCGGGCCAAGCAGCUGCGUUCAAAGAAAAUUGCCUUGAUCGUUUGUUUCUUUAUCUGGAUUUUUGUUAUGGGAGCGACAUCGCCCAUCUACACCUUUCGUGAAGUGCAAACCAGUAAAUUCCGGUGUUUUCAUGGUUUCUCUAAGAGGGGUUGGUCCACUGCAGUUAUUGUCUGCUUGGAAGUUUUGGGUUUCCUGUUGCCCGCGACUGUCCUGGUGGUGUGUUCUGCACAGAGCAUCCUCACGCUCAAAGCCUCGAAAAGCAGCGACCCUCAGAGAAAAGUUGGGGUGAAAAUCAUCUACAGCAACCUAGCGGCUUUCCUGAUACCCUUUACCCCUUGUCACGUGGCCAUAUUCCUGCAAUACCUCGUCCGUAAUAACUUCAUCUCUGACUGCGAUCAGCGUUGGAACAUUGCCUUGUUCAUACAAGUGGCGAUGAGUCUCGCAAACGUGACCAUCUGCUUGGACGCGUUGUGUUACUAUUUCAUCGCAAAUGAAGUCCGAUCCACCAAACAAACGGUUAUCAGCAGAGUGAGAUCUUUUAGCAGCUCAAACCAAGAGAUUUGAGAAUGAAUUCAAUGGGAAUAAUUCAAUGAGAAUUAAAUGACUCAGAAUUUAUAAGAAUGUGCAUUGAUGGACUACAGAAAAAUUAUCUUAGCAGAUGUCAAUGUAAGAAAUCACAGCAAAAUCCCCAGAGUUAAAUGAACACUGCUGGGUGUAUUUUGUCCAAAUCUUACAGAGUGUUAAAAAGUAACACUGAAGCAAAGUUAAAAGCUGCAAUCUGUAACUUUAUCUUCUCUAUCACCAUCUCUGUUUAAAACCUAAAAACGCAUUUUACAUCUUAUUUGUAGAGCUCAUUUCUAAACUUAGGUUAAGAUGUUGGCUGUUCCAUUAAAAUUCACUAUUAUGGUGAUCAAUGUUUGUUUUAGUCAGGCUUGACUCUUAGCCUUUGUAGUCUUUUUUUGACUGCUAUAACUUUGUGUGUUUAAGACAUAUCUCAUCAGUGUUACUCUGCUUCAGUGUUACAUUUUAACACUGUAAGAUUGGGACAAUAUAUACACCCAGCAGUGUUCAUUUAACUCUGGGGAUUUGUCAUCAUAUUUGAAAAAUAUAAAUACUCGGUAUGUCAAACAGCAGCAAAAACUACAAAGAAUAUGAAGCCAAUAUAUAUGUAACCCUGGAUCACAAGGGUCAUAAGGGUCAAUUUUUGGAAAUUGAGAUUUAUAGCAUCUGAAAUCCGAAUAAAUAAGCUUUCCAUUAAUAUGGAUUGUAAUAUUUGUCAGAGAUACAACUAUUUGAAAAUUUGGAAUCUGAGUGGGCAAAAAAUAAAAUAUUUAGAAAAUCACCUUUAAAGUUGUCCAAAUGAAGUCAUUAGCACUGCAUACACUUACAAUUUUUGAUAUAUUUACGGUAGGACAUUUAAAAAAUAAUGUAAUUUGAUAGUUCACCCAAGAAUAAAAAAAAAUGUGAUUUUUUACUUACCCCCAAGAUGUUAGAACCCUGUAUCAAUUUCUUUGUUUUGCUGAACACAACGGAAGAUAUUUGUUAUUAAACAGGAAACAGAACACCAUUGACUUCCAUAGUAAGAAAGAAAAAUACUAUGGAAGUCAAUGGUGCUCAAAAAUGAUUUGGUUACAAACAUUGCUCAAAAUAUAUUCCUGUGUGUUCAGCAGAACAGGAAGCUUUAUACAGGUUUGAAAUAACAUGAGGGUGAGUAAAUUAUGACAGAAUAUAUUUUUUUGGUGAACUAUCCCUUUAAUAUCCUAAUGGUUUGUGGCAAAAAAGAAAAAUCAAUAAUUUUGACCCAUGCUAUGUAUUUUUGGCUUUUGCUACAAAUAUACACAUGUGACUAAUAACUGUUUUUGUGGUCCAGGGUCACAUUUAGGAAUGUAUAUAGGCUACAGUCAUCAGAUUAUUUUGAAUUUACCAUCUUGACUGCCCAUUAUUUUUAUGAAAUAUAGCUCAAUACAGCAUUUUGCCCAUAUGCCAGUUAUUAUCAAGAUAUGCAUCUCUCAAAGCAUUUCCUUCAAUAUAGGUUGCUGUACGUGAUUUCAUUUUGCAAACAUCUGCUUGCCACUAAAUUUCAUUCUCAGUUACCUUAACAAUAUUCAGAUUACAUUUAUCUCUCAUUUUAUUUCUCACUAUCUCUUAUUGUUGUCUAGUCACUUUAGCUAUCUGUCCAAAACAUGAGAACACGCCAAACAGACAUUUCAGGAGUAGACAGGUUGAUCGACAGGAAGUGUGUUUGUGAUUGGUUAAGGCACUGGUUCUCAAAAUUUUAGGCAUUCAGCCCCCCCCCCCUAAAUAAAGGGUUGUAGGUUGCAUCAUCUCUUAACGCCAUCCCAAAAGAAAAUUCAUGAAAUAAAAUAUUUUCAAACAAAACAUUAAAUGAUUUUUUAGAGGAUUGUUUAGACAGAAUUUAUGACAAAUGUAUUUUAUAAAAUGUCAUCUCACACACGCCCCCAAGUUUGGGAACAACAGGGUUUGUUAAUCGUGCAAUUAAAUUUUUUUUAGUAUAGGUUUGGUUUACACCUACGCCACCAAAAAACAUAUUCUGGUCUGUCAUGGUAACAACUCUUUGUAGACAUUUCUUCAGCAUUAAUCUGUCAUGUGAAAGAUGCUAUAUUUGUCUGUAUCUUCACACUGUCAACACAAGGACUUGAGGUGUUCGCGCUUACACGCGAUGAUGGUCUGACAUACCAACCUGAAACCAUCAGAAUGACUCAUAAACAUGGUGCAACAUGGUUAUAGGAUGAACUGUUGAACCGUUUAUUAUCCGAUGUCUAUCUCACAUCUGAGUAUUCUGCAUCAGUUUUAUACUUUUUUUUAAAAGUUUGCAUAACCUGUCUGAAAGAAACUGAACCUAUUUUUAAUUUACAUGAAAGUGUAAAAUGUAAAACAGAUUCCGAUGUGGGAGUGGGAUGAUUAAUUUCACAGGUUGCACGUGUCGUGUGUGGGUACACAGUGCCACUGGUUUCAAUUUAGUAAUACGACAACUGAGAUGCUACCUAUCUGUGACUCUUUUGUGUUUAUGUGAUUGUUUUAAGCACAUCAGCUGAAAACAUGUUUGUAUGUCUGUAUUCUACACUCCCCAUAUUAUGGGGUCUGGGGGUGUAGGGUUGCUCCAAUUUUGUAAAAUUCUAAAAAAAAAACAAGCCUUGCGUGUGCUGAUAAUCAUAAAGUUAUGCUGAUGAAUUCUCCAUGCACUUCAGUGAAACUGAAAACCAAAUUUUGCUGCACUUACAAUGUUGUGAAGUUAUUCAGGUCUGAAACAGAUUCAUUAGAAGAAUCCUUAUAUAAAAGCUCAAUGUUAUAAAGAUUUAUAAUGUAAAGAUGAUACUUUCACUAUUCAUGUGCGAUAGUAAAUGCUUAAAGGGCACAUUUCACAAGACUUUUUAAAGAUCUAAAAUAAAUCUUUGACGUCCCCAGUAAUGUGAAAUUUUCAAAAAUAUCAUGUAGAUUAUUUAUUAUAAAAAUUGCCACUUUGUAGGUAUGAGCAAAAAUGUGCCGUUUAUGGGUGUGUCCUUUAAAAUGCAAAUUAGCUGAUGAAAUGCAAACACUGAUUGCCAUAAUGGUGGUUUGUUAAAAUUGAAACAAGUUUGUGCUGUUAAUUAUUCUCUCUCUCUCUCUCUCUCUCUCUCUCUCUCUCUCUCUCUCUCUCUCUCUCUCUCUCUCUCUCUCUCUCUCUCUCUGUGUGAGUGCAUGCUGGGAGCGAGUGCGGACGGAGCUGUUUGGCGUGAGUGAGAGCGCUGCUUUGUUGAUGCAAACUUUUCUUCCUUUCUGGCUACUUUUCGUUGCUAGUUGCAGGAUUAGUGUUUUUGUGGUUUCCCGCACUUCGGUCAGCGGGGGGAAAGGAUGGGGUCGGAAGCGAGAGACCCCUCGUUUCUCACCCCCAGGCAUGGCUGUAAAUGCAUGCCUGAUGCUGAUGUUUCAGUAGAGGACUGUUUGAUAGCUGUAAGUACAGUAAUUGGUGGAGGAAAUAUUCAAUCUGCCUCACGAAUGAAUAAAGCUAUCGUUUUUUUCCUCACUGACAGUCGUAUGGUUGACGAUUUGAUAGAAUCAGGCAUAACUAUUAACAAUACUUUUGUCCCGGUGUUGCCUUUGUCAAGUCCGUCUAAAAAGGUUGUAUUUUCCAAUGUUCCGCCUUUUAUAAAGAAUGAAAUGUUGGAAUCAUUACUCCUAAGGUACGGCAAAAUGAUAAGCCCGAUUAAGAUGAUUCCACUUGGUUGCAAAAACCCCGACUUAAAGCAUGUGAUGUCUUUUCGGAGGCAGACUUUCGUGAUUUUGAAUAAUCAGUAUGAUUCCAUAAAUCUCUCUGCUAAAUUGAAACUCGAUGGGAAAGACUAUACCAUUUUUAUUACAUCAGAUUCUAUGAAAUGUUUCGUGUGUGGUGAAUUUGGACAUGUCAGACAAUCUUGUCCGAAUCAGAACAAUCCGGUGGCCUCGGCUGUGGUUGCGGAUAACAGUGGGAGGGCCGAAGGUGCGGUUGUUACUGCGGCAGUUGUGGUAGAGAAACCCCAGCGGGCCGGAGAGACUCCCGCGCUGGAGACGCCCGAAGGGAGGCCGGUGCCGGAGGCCUCCAAAGUUCGCUCGGAGGAGCCUGCUGAGGAGGUAGCCGGGCCGAGUCACACGCCCGCUGUCCCGCGGACAGACGCGGGGCCGCUGUUGAUGCGGCCGGCGGCAUCUGAUGUCGACCAGCUUAAUGCUGAUGAUCAAACGCUGACGGAUAAUAUUACUGACGAUUCGAUUUCUCAAAGUCAAGAGGAUUUUUCAUCCCAGGAAUUUGUGGAUGCCAAAUUAUUGAAUGAGGAUUCUGAUAAAGAGUUUGAUGAUAUGGAAAUGUGUGAUUACGAUGUGAUGGAUCACGAGUCUGCCUCCGGUAAGUCAAAACUUUAUUCUGUUAAAGAGAUUACUCUUUUUUUGGAUACAACGAAGGGUCUUCGCAAGCCAAAGAUUGAAAAUUAUUUUCCGGAUUUGAAACUGUUUUUGAUUUCAUGUUCAACGGCAAUGAGAAGCGCCUCUCUAGAUGAACUUGACAAACCUAAGCGAUACCGUCUCAAGAAGU